AUGGAGGGAUCCGCGGAGUCCCAGACGCCCGACCUGAGAGACGUGGAGGGCAAGGUGGGGAGGAAGACCCCUGAAGGGCUGCUCCGCGGGCUUCGAGGCGAGUGGGAGCCAGGGACCGCUGGCGCCCUGCUGCUCCCUGGGGCACCUAGCACAGGCCAUGGCCUGGCGGACAAGAUCGUGGCGCUGAGGAUGGAGCUGGCUUACCUGCGAGCUAUCGACGUGAAGAUCCUGCAGCAGCUGGUGACCUUGAAUGAGGGCAUUGAGGGAGUGCGCUGGCUGUUGGAGGAGCGAGGGACGUUGACCAGCCACUGCAGCAGCCUCACCAGUAGCCAAUAUAGCCUGACAGGCGGGAGCCCAGGCCGUUCAAGACGGGGCAGCUGGGACAGCCUGCCAGACACUGGCUCCACUGACCACCUGGACAGUGUCUCCAUCGGCAGCUUCCUGGACACAGUGGCCCCCAACGAGCUGGAUGAACAGGGCCACCCUAGGGCUCCCCCACUUGAGAUGGACUGGGCAAGGGUUGUUCCCAGUGGGGAGAGAGCCAGGACUGAGGUGGAGGUGACAGCCACCAGGUUAGGGGGAUUGAGGGCUGGGUGGAAAUCUCCAGGGGAAGGGCUCCAAGGUAUACUGUCUGAGCCACCAGAGGACGAGGCUGCCAAGCUGGGCUUCGAAGCCCACUGGUACUGGGGGCAAUGCCAGGAUGAUGUGACCUUCUUGUAA